AUGUCAUUGAAACGCAAAGCGUCGUUCCCAGCACUAAUGUCGCCUGAGCCGAUGGCUAUUGAUUCUUAUGAUUCUACAGUCGACGGUACUCCUAAGCAUCUCCAUAGUCGAACACGCAAACGCUUCAGAGACGACCGUCCGAGUGACGAGACAAUAUAUGAAAAAACUUUGCGCUGGCUCUUUUCUGCUCAGAAGCAGCAGCAACAGCAGCAGCAGACUACCGUCGACGAAGACAUGGAUCUCGAGCCCCUUCCCUCGCCUGAACCAGUUGAUCCGCGCCAGCAGACGCUACUCAAAUUCUUCCGACCCUCUCGACCGACUUCCCAUCAUUCUAUACUCGCUCCCGACUCGUCGGCAACGUGUUCGAACACCACAAGCGGCUCGAACAGCCCGAUUUCACAAGACACAGACAUGGACCGCAAUGCCCGGACUGACGGAGGCUCCGGCGGUUCUAAAGCGUGGGCGGGAGGGCUCCAGUGGACGUGA